AUGGAAGAGCAGGUAGCAAAUGCCAUUGAGAUCGCCUGGAACCCUUCCUCAGACCAAGCCCUCAAAGCACAAGCCUUCGAUUAUCUGAACCAACUCCGCUCCGACCCCUCAGGAUGGCAGGUCUGCCUCGCCCUCUUCACCAAGACCCCCCAACACUCGGAGAUCGUACGGCAUUUUGCGCUGGAAGUCGUCAAUAGUGCCGCCCAAGCAGGCGUCAUCGAUAUUCAGGCUCUGGGUUAUGUCCGGGAUGGCUUGAUGGCAUAUCUCCGCCAGGUGUACGGACAAGACGGUGCAGCUGGUGACCCGCCGAACAUUCAGAAUAAAGUCGCUCAGACCCUUACCUUUCUCUUCUCUGCUCUCUACUCCAAUGGCUGGGAGAGCUUCUUCGAUGAUUUUCUUUCCUUGACGUACAAAUCCUCGUCUAGCUCCGCACGCGAUAACCCGUCCGGUAUCGUCUUCUACCUCCGAGUCGUCAACUCGAUCCACGACGAGAUUGGUGAUGUGUUGGUUUCUCGGUCCCGCGGGGAGCAGGAUAAGGCCAAUGCGCUCAAGGAUUUGAUCCGGCAGAGGGAUAUGCAGAAGAUUGCCAGUUCCUGGCAGGAGAUCUUGUCUGAGUGGCGGGACGGGAGUGAUAUGAUUGUGGAGAUGGCUUUGAGGGCCGUGGGUAGCUGGGUUAGCUGGAUCGAUAUUGGCCUCGUGAUUAAUCAGACUAUGAUGGAUCUUCUGUUCCAGCAACUCACGCGGGCACAAAGGGCGGAACUCAGAGCUGGAGAAGAAAAGGUACGGGAUGCUGCGAUCGAUGUCUUUACGGAGAUCAUCGGUAAGAAGAUGAAGCCGGAGGACAAGAUUGAAAUGAUUGCUUUCCUAAACCUCGAUACCAUCGUGUCUCAAUUGUCGAACAGCCCGCCGCUCUACGAGAACCGAUUCACCUUCAAGUACGAUACCGAUCUGGCGGAAACCGUUGCGAAGCUUGUCAAUAUCACAACCGCCGAUAUUGUGCGGGCUUUGGAACAGGAUGGGGUCACGGCAGAGUGCAAGGAAAAGGCAAACGGUCUGUUGCAAGUGUUCCUGCCGCACAUCCUCCGAUUCUUCUCCGACGAAUACGACGAAGUUUGCUCGACGGUUAUUCCUGGUGUCAACGAUCUCCUCUCCUACUUCCGAAAGAUCGCCAAGGUCAACCCCACCUUGGCUGCUCAGCAAUCCGCCAUCCUUCUCCCGAUCUUGAAGGCCAUCAUCGCCAAGAUGCGCUACGACGAAACCUCGACAUGGGGCGAGGAGGACGAACAAACCGACGAGGCCGAAUUCCAGGAACUUCGCAAGCGACUGGCUAAUCUGCAGCAGAUCAUUGCGUCCGUUAACGAGCAGCUGUACAUGGAGGCUAUUUCGGAGUUGGUUGGAACGACCUUUGAGAAUCUGCGGCAGUCGGGUGGGCAGAUGGAUUGGAGGGACUUGGACCUUGCCUUGCACGAGAUGUUCCUGUUUGGUGACAUUGCUGUCAGGGCCGGUGGUCUUUACACCAAGAACCAGCCGAACAACGCUGCUGCGGAGAGGUUGGUGGAGAUGAUGGCUCGGAUGGUUGAGUCGGACAUUAGAUUUUUCACGCACCCGGCUACUCAGCUGCAGUAUAUGGAGAUCUGUGUGCGCUAUAGCUCGUUCUUUCAAUACCACACGCACUUUGUUCCUGGGGUUCUGGAAGCUUUCCUUCAAUUGGCCCACCAUCCCGUCAAGAAGGUCAAGACUCGGUCGUGGUACUUGUUCCAACGCUUGGUGAAGCAGUUGCGGUCGAACAUUGGUAAUGUUGCGCAGACGGUUGUCGAGGCUCUGGCCGAUCUUUUGGUCAUCCAGGCUGAAUUGCCUUCUGAGGGAGGAGAGGGCGACGAGAUGUCGUCUGAUGAUCAUGAUUUCGCAGAUGCCAUCUUCAACAGCCAACUCUACCUGUUUGAAGCUGUUGGAAUUAUCUGCUCGACCCCGGCGAUUUCUGUUGACAAGCAAGUUCUCUUCGCUCAGUCGGUUUCGAACCCUAUCUUCCUUGACAUGGAGAGGAAUCUCGAAGCUGCCAAAGCCAGCGAUGAGCGAGCUCUUUUCCAAAUCCACCACGACAUCAUGGCCCUCGGAACCCUCGCUAGGGGAUUCUCGGACUGGGUGCCAGGUACCCACUCUCCUUCAUCACUUCCGCCUCCUGAGAUCUCUGAAGCAUUUGGCCAGGUGUCUGAAGUCACUCUCGUUGCAUUGGAGUCUUUGAAAGCCUCUUUCAACAUCCGGACAGCCGCCCGAUUCGCCUUUUCCAGGCUCAUCGGUGUACUUGGUUCGCGGAUUCUCCCACAGCUGCCGCGGUGGAUUGACGGUCUUCUUACGCAGACUUCGUCGAGAGAUGAGAUGGCUCUUUUCCUGCGUCUUUUGGACCAGGUGAUUUUCGGCUUCAAAGGAGAGACUUUCCCUAUUCUGGAUACGCUUUUGACGCCUUUCUUGCAAACGGUUUUUGCGGGUAUUGCCAAUCCUACCAGCGGGACGGAUGAUGAGAUUCAGUUAGCAGAGUUGAAGAGGGAGUAUUUGAACUUUUUACUUGCUGUGCUGAAUAAUGAUCUUGGGGCUGUUAUCAUUAGCGAGCGAAACCAACCCAUCUUCGAAACCCUCAUCACUACCAUCGAACACUUCGCCAAAGACGUCGAAGACUUCACCACAGCCAAAAUGGCCUUCUCCCUUCUCUCGAAGAUGGGCAGCUCCUGGGGCGGCCCAGAUCUCGCCCCCGACGCCUCAAACGGAGCAUCCCCUCAAGGUGUAACCCUCCCCGGCUUCGGCCAAUUCAUGAUCAGCCGCUUCUCCCCACUCUGCUGGGCCCUCCCGGCCACACCAUCCUUCAACUCCAAAGACGCACAGGCAAGACAAGUCCUCGCCGAAGCGGGAGGCCUGCAGCGGAUUAUCUACGCCAAGACGGGCACGGAGUAUCUCGAGUAUCUGCGGAACCAGGAAUUGCCCAGCAUGGGCAUGGGCGCGGAUCUUAUACAGGAGUUUGUGGGUGCUUUGGGGGGGUUGGAUGUUAAGGGUUUCCGGCAGUUUUUCCCGUCUUUUAUUCAACGAUUGAGCGCAUGA